AUGUCUUGCGCAAAGUGCCAAAANCCCCUGACUCUGGAGGUCGACUUCUCGGACGACGAGGAUGUGUCCAUGGGCGCCGGCUCGUCCAGCGCAGCUGCAGCUCAGAACACGCAUACUGUCCCCGACGACGUAGCUCUUAACUGCGGAUGCCACUUUCACUGGCAAUGUUUGAUCGACGAAUAUCAAAUCACCGAAUGCCCUUCCUGCCACCAAUCCUUGCUCACACCCGGCCCCAACGGAGGUCAACAGCUGCUAUGCACAUUGACCAACGAGGGCGGUGUACAAGAGGGCCUCGACAUCCUGCCUAUCCUGACCGAAGAGGCCUACCUACACGCAUACCCCGAGGACAGAAUCAGCCGCGCUUUCCUUGAGCUCUGCCGCGAAGGCGAUGUCUCUGCUGUCGUGGAUUUGUUGAAGAGCUGUAACGAGCCCGAUUCAGACGACGAAGACAUGGACGAUGAAUCUGCUAUACCCAAGAAGUCCAUGGACGAAAUACUCCGUUACCAGGAUCCUAUUGGCGACAUGCAGUCUGGUCUUCACGCAGCCGUAGCUGGAAACAGCCGUGAGGUUGCUUGGUUGUUGCUAUUGCUUGCCUCUCAACUGCCUGAGAUGGAGUUCCCCGCUCUGGUUUACCAACAAGCGGCCUCAUUGGGCAUCAUGAGAGAGGACCAGACAGGCAAGGUCGACAUCAGAAGCCUCAGGGAUGGUCAGGGAAGAAGUGCGGAACAAUUGGCUGUCGAACUCGGUGGAGUGUGGCAUGGCUGGUCCGGUAGUGGUCGCUUGUCGGUUUAA